GUCCGGACGCUCCUUCACUCCGCUCCUCUCACACUGGAACAUCCAGGACGCAGCAGCCCUCUGAAAUAAAACGAAGAGGUCGCAAACAGGCGGAAUUAAUUCAUAAAAACAUAAAGAAAAAAGAAAAAAAAAGCGAAAAAAGAAGGAAUACUUAGAACCGCACGGAACAAGUGGAAGGAAUAUAAACCAUCGCAUUUGUUUCCUAAAAAUCACUGGAAGUUUGGACAUCAUGAGGAUUUUCAGUGUUGUGCUCCUACUGGUUCACGCCUUGGUGGUGUCCAGACCGUCCAGCGGUGCUGCAGUCGACAGGUAUGAGAGCGACCGGCAGCGGCACACAGCUAUUUUCAACUUAGAUCUGACCAGAAACAGGAGGGUGGAGGAGGAGAGCAGAACCAUGAGCGCAACAACAGUGGAGUAUGGCCAGGAAGGCGAGGAAGAGGAGGAGUAUGGUGAUUAUUAUUAUGAAGAUGAGGAUGAAGAUGGCCUGUCCGGAGACUAUGAGGAACUGCCACGAGUUGCCAUGGUAAGCAAGCCCAAAGAUGCCUCCACCACCCUGGAGGCUGAAAGCACUGAAGGAAAGAGAAGGAGAGGAAAAGGAAGAAAGAGGGGGAAAGGCAAGGGGAAGAAGAGGAAUCCUUGCCUGAGGAAGUACAAAGAUUUCUGCAUUCACGGCACCUGCCAGUACCUGAGGGACCUCCACGCCCCGUCCUGUGUGUGCCACCCGAGCUACUCCGGGGAAAGGUGCGAGUUUUUCACGUUGCCUUUGGAGAAGCCUCAGGAGGGCUACAACCGGACCACAGCUCUGGCGGUGGUGGCGGUGGUGCUUUCGUCCGUCUGCCUCACCAUCAUAGGCCUUUUAUUGUUGCUCAGGUUUCACAAGAGGGGAGCGUACGAUGUAGAGAAUGAAGAGAAGGUCAAACUAGGGUUAGCGCCCAGCCACUGAGGAGACAAAGGGAGGCAAAGAUGUGGAAAUUCUACCUCAAAAUAGAAAAAGAGAAGUGAACCGCGAGAGGAGGUCCUAGAGGGGAAAAAAGGAUCGUACAUGAAGAAGGGAACAGAGGUUGUUGUCUGCCUCGACCCCUCUGCUAGACGCUCAGAUGUAAAAUGGGCAGGUGAACAUAUUCCUGAAGGCCUCAGAAGAAGUCGGCCCACCUGAAACUGGAAUAGUAACGGCUCCGGAAGAGGUUUGACUGGAGAUGUGUGACGAGCAGUUAGGCGACGGAAGAAACGAGAAGAAGAAGAAGAAGAAGAAGAAGGAACGUGUCUAGACUCUGCGCUGCUUCUUGACUGUGUGAAAAGAGGUCGUUUCAGACUGAACUGAACAAGAUUUUUAACAUUUUUUUUCUCAACAGACAGCAUUUUGUAUUUUCCUGCACAAGGCCAUCUUUUUUUUGUGUACAGUAAACGUUAUAUUUAUAAUUUUAAUUUAUUUAUUUAAGCUAACUGUAUUUAUAGAGAUUUUAACCACCUUCAACCGUUUUUAAAAUAAUGAUGUUACAGUUGUUUUUAUAUUUCUUAUUGGACGAUAUUUAUUUAUGAAACGGAAAAGCAAACAAUGCAGAAGCUUCUUGAGAUAUUACAUGAAAAGGGGUAUGAUGCAUCUGAUUUCUGGCUUUUAUUUUGGCACUCAGAUGAUCAAUAGCACUGUGAUUAAUCAAUUGAUCGUUGUAUAGAUAUUUUUAAAUUAUACAGUUUCACUGAGAGCAGUGCUUUUCAGGGAUGUCCUGCUCACACUCACACAGUUACACACAUGGAAGCUGCCCAGUACAACCAGUUGGAUCUGUCAGCCACUAAGCCUUGCUCGAAGGCACAUCAGCGGUGGACUGCUCUUUCACUUCCCCCGCCUUAAUGUAUCCUGUAAGUUUGGGGAUCUUCAGGCCACAUUAGUGCCGAUACGUUGCACUGGCUAUGUAUUGAUUAAAGGCAACAUAGAGACUGUGCACUCAGCGACUGUAUUGUUAAGAAACCUUUUAAAAGGGAGUCAUAUAUCAAAUGCACUGUAGCAAGAAUUUGGUAUGAAUCAUGUUGUCUUACCUUCAUUCGAGGAGAAACUCCCUCAGAUCUGUGUUAAGCUGUCAAGCAAAAAAAAUGUGAAUUAAAGUGUUCCACCCUUUCAAAUCCUGUCCUGCAGUUUUGAAGUGACUUUAUUUAUGUGAUUUUUUUUCAGAGCAAAAUAAAAACAAAAGGACUAUCCAAA